AUUUUCAAAAGAAAAGGAAAAAGCAAAAUACCAUACAAACUCUGUUGCAGAACCGGUAACUCACGGAAUUGUAUAUAUGCACAAACAUGCUGCAAAUAUAUCCACGCCGCCAACAGACUCCAAAACAAUGGCUGAUAAUAAAUCACAUCUUCCACCGGAAAUCAUAGAAAUUAUCCUAUCAAAAUUAUCAUCAGUUAAAUCUCUUCUUCGAUUCAAAUCAGUUUCCAAGUCAUGGAAUACUAUAAUCACAGAUCCUGUAUUCGUCCAAAAUCAUAUCCAAAAAUCUAAGGAAUCGAACUCGCAGAAUCUUUUUCUAUGUCGUGUGAGGUCGAGUUCUCCAAUCCGGUUUUCCGUGGUUGAAUUCGACGAUGACGAAAAAUUCCAAACCCUACCAGUAGUAAUAGAAGCCCCCUUUGGGUGUGGGUUGGUAUUAUGCUUUUGUGAUGGCAUCCUACUCUUAACCAACCGUGCAUGCAUGAAAUUUGUGUUGUGGAAUCCGUCCACUCGAACAGCCGAAAAGCUUUGGCAUCGGAAUUGCUGCAGGAAGGCGGCUUUCGGGCUUUGCCGAGAUCCAAACACUGACGAUUUCAAGGUUGUUGUUGCGGAUUGGUACGACUACUCGGUUUAUUCUUGUAAGAACAAAUCCUGGAUAGCGAUGAAAAGGGAAUACGAAGUUGAAUACACCGGUUUAGGUCUAAAUCCAAUGAAGAAUAAUACACCGAAAGGAGUCUGUGUUGACGGGGCUACCUAUUGGUUUUGGAGUGACAUGUAUGUUACCAAAAUAGUGUAUUACGAUCCGAGAGACGACAAGUUCAAGAUUUUGGGUAAGCCGGAAAAUUUAGGGGAGAGCAAAAUUGUUUACUUGGUUAAUUUCAGGGGUUCCUUGUGUUUGUAUUGCAAUCUCUUUGGCAAAUUCAAGUUUCGGAUUUGGACGAAGGAAAAUGGCAUAGACAAUAAUUCUUGGAAGGAGUUGAUAACCGUUGAAUAUAAUAUGUCGAAUUCGUCAUUGUUUCAACUAUGUUCUGUGGGAAAUAAGAUUUUAUUCCGAGUAACUGACGAUGAAUUAAUAAUUUACAACCCUUGUGAGAAGAGGCUUGAAGAAAGUGAAGAUUACAAACUACUUUUUCGCGGUGGAGUGGUUCCGGUUCCAUAUAUGGAGAGUAUGUACUUCCCCAUUGAGAAACCGAAUAGGAAGUGGAAACGGAAGCGUUCGAUAGAUAUAUAG